AUGUCUGAAACAAACCAAGGGCCUGGGUUGCCCGUGCCCUCCACCCACAGCGACGAUAAGCGCAGCAAGCUCAACGGCGAGAAGAGCCAGAAGCUCAAAGUCAAGCCCCAGGGCGAGAGUGGCCGCCGUGGCGUGCAUCCAUGGCACUUUUUUCGCAUCUCCUUCAGGUCUGCCUGCAGAGCUAGUGCCCUGUGUAGCCUGCUGUGGCCAGUCGUCCCUGCGGCGCUGGCUGUGCGAUAUACGUUGAGCGAACACCACACGCUGAUCUUCAUUCUUUCAUACAUUGCCAUGGUGCCCUGCGCCAGUCUCGUCGGCUUUGCGAGUCAGGAAUUCGCCCGCAAGGUGCCCCAUGUCGCCGGUGUCUUGGUCGAGACGACGUGCGGCUCCGUCGUCGAGAUUGUCUUGUUUCUCGUCUUUUUGAAAAGCGGCAACCCCAACAGAUUUUACAUUAUCAAGGCCGCUAUACUAGGUUCGAUUCUAGCAACCAUGCUGCUGUGUCUGGGUGUUGUAUUUUUUGUUGGUGGCUUGCUGCGCGAGGAACAGACGUUUAGCGAUGCCAUCAGCGAAGCAGGCAGUGGCCUGUUACUCAUGGCUGGUGUGGUCCUUGCGGUUCCGACCGUUUUUCGGCAAGGCCUGCUCAGCCAGGGCAAAACAACCGAGGAGUUGACAUCUGGCACCCUCCACAUCUCACGCAUCAUUUCCUGCCUCCUCAUUGUCGCCUACCUCGUCUACACCUUUUUCCAAGCGCGCACGCAUCACGGCAUCUACGACGCUAUCUUCGAAAGAGAUGAACACCGUGACGCCGACAGGCGCAAGACGGAGGCCAAAGACAAGCUCACCAUGACUGAGUGCAUCAUUGCCCUCAUCGUCUCCAUUUCUCUGGUGACGCUCCUCGCCAUCGGCCUCGUGGACCAGAUUGAGCCCGUCAUUAAGGACGGGCAUGUCUCGGACGCCUUUAUGGGUCUGAUCCUCGUCCCACUCGUGGAGAAGUUUGCGGAGCAUCUCACGGCGAUAGAUGAAGCCUGGGACAACCAGAUGAACUUUGCCCUGUCCCACGUCCUCGGCGCGACGCUGCAGACGGCGCUCUUCACGGCGCCGCUCACGGUCAUUGUCGGAUGGGGCCUGAACGAGGGCAUGGACCUGGACUUUGAAAUCUUCAACAUUGUCAUGCUCAUCUUGUCCAUCUUAACGGUGGGCAAGGUCCUACAGGACCAGAAGAGCAACUAUCUCGAGGGCACGCUUCUGCUCAUCCUGUACAUUUCCAUUGCCGUAUCGGCAUUUUAUUACCCAUUCACGGGCGUUGAAGGAGGAGGAGCCGGCGGCGAGCACGGAUCGGCUCCAGAGUGA